AUGAUCGCUUCUCGAGCAUUUGCUGCUCCAGCUCGCCAAUGCCUGCGAAAAGCUUGCACGCAGCCAACAUGGGCUCCCGCAUACUUCCAGACCCAACCUAGACGCUACGCUUCGACUGCAGAAGCGGAUAAAGUCGCCAAAUUCAAGGGCACGAAAGGACCGGACGGAAACUACACCGUGACACUGAUAGAAGGAGAUGGCAUUGGUCCCGAGAUCUCGCAGUCGGUCAAGGACAUUUACAAAGCUGCAAAGGUGCCCAUUGUGUGGGAGCCUGUCGAUGUUACACCUCGCCUGAAGGACGGCCGGACGGUCAUUCCAGACGAAGCGAUCGACUCGGUCAAGAAGAACUACGUCGCGUUGAAGGGACCCCUCGCAACCCCUGUCGGCAAAGGCCAUGUCUCUCUCAAUCUUACCCUCCGACGAACCUUCAACCUGUUUGCCAAUGUCCGACCGUGCCGCAGUAUAGAGGGCUACAAGACGCCUUACGACAACGUGGACACUGUGCUCAUUCGAGAAAACACGGAGGGAGAAUACUCGGGAAUUGAGCAUGUGGUGGUGGAUGGCGUCGUGCAGUCCAUCAAACUGAUCACCCGCGCAGCCUCUGAGCGGGUCUUGAGAUACGCUUUCCAGUACGCCCGGGAUGUGAACAAGAAGAAGGUCCGCGUGGUGCACAAGGCGACCAUCAUGAAGAUGUCCGAUGGUCUCUUCCUCAGCACUGCAAGGGAUGUCUCAAAGGACUUCCCUGAUAUCGAGUUCGACGCGGAACUGCUCGACAAUGCUUGCUUGAAGAUCACGACCGACCCGGGUCCAUACUCCGACAAGGUUCUGGUCAUGCCCAACCUCUACGGCGAUAUUCUUUCCGACAUGUGCGCCGGCUUGAUUGGUGGUUUGGGUCUCACUCCCUCAGGCAAUAUUGGUGACGAGUGCUCCAUCUUCGAAGCCGUGCACGGUUCUGCCCCUGAUAUCGCAGGAAAAGGCCUUGCCAACCCCACUGCUCUUUUGUUGAGUAGUAUUAUGAUGCUACGGCAUAUGGGAUUGAACGAACACGCAGUCAAGAUCGAGAACGCCAUUUUCUCCACGUUGGCGGAAGGCAAGACCUUGACAGGAGAUCUGGGUGGAAAGGCCAAGACACACGAGUACGCUGCCGCUAUUAUUGACCAUUUGUAA